AUGAUACCGCCCAGAAAUGUUUUGCUCAAAAUUGAGCGGGAAAUAACCAUUUUCCGCCAGCUCAAGAGACUAAAUAAGAUUGAUAGUGAAACGAGGCGUCUUCAGGGGAAUGGCGAGGGAACACUGGAAGCGAGUAGUGCGCGCAACAGGCACAGGGAUAGCAAGGUGUAUCUCACAAGUAGCAAAAUAAGUAAAGACAAUUCACGUGUUAGCGCGCUCCAUUUGAAGGGGAAGAAGGAUGCCCGAUGGGAAGAUAGCAAUGCUAACUACACAAACAUACACACACAGAUUCACACACAUGGUGACAAGAGGAAUGUAACGAGUCAAAACGAAGGAGAGCGUUACAAUAACAGAAUUUUAUCAAGCCGAUUGCAAAAUAUCAGGGAUAGUAAUCCCCCAAGUGGUAAGGGAAGCCAGUGGCCGUUGCCGCGCAAUGACCAAUCAGGAAGUACCCCCACACACGGAAAUGGAAACCCGAAUUUGUACAUAAACAAAUUGCACGAUUACCUGGACAUUGCGCAAAAAUCAGAAAAUGAAAAAAUAAAAAUAAAUAAAAUAUUAAACAGAUUGAGAAACGAAAACUUAACCAUACAUACAAUCCUAGAGGUACUAAAAAGUUUGUGUAUCAUUUUGUUAAAGAGGACUCCUCAUAAUUUGGAUAAUUUAAUACCAGUAGAUUAUUUGAAUACAAAAAAUGCAGUGAAAAAAUACAAUAGUUAUUUCGAGGAAUAUUUUACCCAUGUGGAGAGGUAUAUACAGAACUACAUUUGCCUUAUUAACGAACGAAAUAUUUUUGACCUCUUCAAAUAUAUGUACUAUCUCAAUUAUGCUUUAAAUUUGGAGGUUAUUGAACUACUGUUGGAGAAGUUUUACCUACACAUGGAAAAACUGGAUAAUUUGAAAACGGUGCAGAUAUUCUACAUGGUCCAGUCCUUCUACAAGCACUUUUAUUCGAAGGAAGUGGACAGUUACCUCACCCUAAUUGUGGAUGACAAAAUAAGUACGACUUACAACGAUGAACUCGUUAGGGGAAAACCAACCUAUUGGAGUCACCCCUCGCAAGAUAACAAAUAUACCUUUGGGGACCUGUUUGGCGAGAGUUCCUCAAAAUGGACCCUAGGUAGUAACACGAGUGGUCUGUUUACAAGUGGGUCCCAAGAAAGGAACGACGACUUCCUACGGAGAGAGACACCCCCCCUGUGGAGAGAAGAGCUAAAAGGCGAACACAACGAUGGGGAAAUAACAAAUUUUGUUUCCCCAAAUAAUGCACGUGUAAACGAAAGAAGAAUUGGAGAGUCUCUCUUUUUCAAAUCACCUGGAAGUGGUAACCCCAUGGAAGUGGCAACGUCGAUACAGGGGCAAGAAUUUGGAGACUCUUCAAAACAUAUGAAUGAUCCCACUGCAAAGAGGAGAAAAAAUAUAGAAGAGGAUGAAAUUUUGACAAUUUUUAAGUACAUGGAAAAUUUUCACCAUAAAAUGAAUUUCUACUAUACAGAUAAAGUGAUGACAUUUUUGAAAAAAAAUCGAAAUGAACUCUCCACGGAUACUCUCCUAUGUGUAGCGAACAUUUACCUAAACGGUGCUGACGAAAAUAUGAGCAGGAAUUUAACCCAAGUAUUACACGAUCGAGUGGACCACAUGAAUGAGGACCAGUUAGUACGGCUAGCUGACUAUUUGAAGAGAGCAAAAAAUGUUGAGAGCAUAAUCAUAGAAGGCGUGAUGGUGAGGGAUAAAAAAGACGGUAACCAGGACAUUCCAUUGGUCAGUAAAAUUCUGCAAAAAAUAAAAAAGGAUAACGAAUUGAUCACCCCGAAUAAUCUUGCAGCGGUGUAUUUAAACAUGCAUGAAGUUUUCAACAAAUUGUUGCCCUCCUCAGUUAACAUUACCUACGGAAAAGAUGACCCUCUACAGAGGCAGAUGAAAAAAAAGGAAAGUAACCAAGACCCCCGUGAGGAUGGUACUUUAGAUACGGUGGCAGAUAGGGAAAAUAUUCCCACCAUGGCUAACAUGUCCAUUGGAGAUGACAAAAAAGGCUUGGUCAUGACAACAGGAGGUGUAUUAGAGAAAAAUUCUCUUACGCAAGAAAUGAUUAAAUUCUGUGAUAACUACGUGAACAGCAUUACUCAUUUUCCAUCCGUCCUGAGCCUGUACCUUUUGUACAUAAAAAAUGAUGCGAUAAAAAAUAAGACAAUACAGGCAUUUGAAAAAAAAAUAAAAAUGAAUAAACACAAAUUGACGCAAGAAAAUAUUUCCAAUAUAAUUCUGUCGUUGAGUAUUUACCCCUACCACACGACGCAGAUGUUUACGUAUUUGGAAAAUGUAAUCGGUGAAAAAUUAAUGAGCGGGGGGGGGCGCGCUGACGAAGCGGGUGUGAUAUCAUCAGGAGAGGAAACCACGGGUGUAGCUACUCCAGUUGUAGCUACCACGGGAGUGGGUGCAACGGUAGAAAAUGAUGUAAACUAUUCGAAACACCCCAUGUAUGUGGACGCCAACUACCUAAUUGACAUAUCACUCGCCUUUGGAAUCGCCGGGAGGAAGAAUCUAAACCUGUGGAAGUUUAUAGAUGUUCGCAAAAUAGUUCUCACGUGUAAUAAAAAACUGCUCCUAUACCUAUCAUAUAGUUUUCUACUUACCAAUUAUGUCUGUCCCGUGUCGUGGUUUUUCCUUAUAAAAAGGAUUGUGGAUGAUGUGAGGGCCUUCAACAAAAAACAGUAUGAAUUAUUGUAUGAAAUAUUGAAGUGUGCCAUGAUGUUUAACUACAUAGACUUGAAUAAUUUUUCCAAUGGAAAUUCAUUCGGUUAUGUAGAUCGCUGGAAAGGCAAUCAGCUAUUGGAGGACAAUUCCUUCAACAGUUACAACAAUAAGAAUAGUAACUCACCUAGCCAUUUUAUUAAGACAUUUCAGUACCUUCUGAAUUCAUCGUAUUUUCACUACAAAAUGAAGUUGAUAAAUAAUCAGUAUAUUUCUAAAGUUCCGUACGAAGAGGUUUUUAAUUACUUAAAAUUAAAGUAUGAAAAAAAUGUGGAAUUUAAACAGUUGUAUAUAAUGCCAUAUUUGCUAACAGACUACAACGUUAUCAUUGACCCGCUACCCAGUACUCCUAUUCACAGAUGCAGUGGAUACAUCAUGGGAGAAAUACAACUGAAGCACAAAGUAUUUCAGUGCGAUAACUAUGUGGUUUUGUCUUUUUAUGAUGGCAUGUGGGAUGAAUUUUUAAAGGCAUCACAUACAGGCGGAGAGGUCGCUUACGAUAUCAAAGCCUUAGCGGAACACUUCAAAACAUACACAGAGUCACACAUAAAAAUUAAAAUUAACAAGGCUCCCACGGCUCGCGCAGAUGUCGGUAUGCACAACAGCGGUGGGACGAAUGCACCAUUUGCGAUUGACAAUAAAAACAAAGCCGGUGGACCCCCACCAGGCGUUCAUUAUCUCAAAUACAUAAAGAAGGACUCCACACAAGAGCAAAGAAACAAGUACCUAACACACAAGCCCAACAGUAUGAGCUCCAAUCAAGAUCAAAACAAAUACUUAAAAAUUAAAACAAAAGUGGGGAGGAAAGCGCCCUGA